UUAUAUUAAGAAUUAUAUUAUUUGAAUAUACUAUAGAUACAAAGAAGAUGGUUAUAAUAAAGGAAAACCAGAAUUUAUACCUCCAUCUCCUGUACGCCUCCAAUGGGAUUUAACUCCAAAUUGCAUAGCUGCUAUUGAAGAAUCAAAUCAAGUUGCACAAAAUUUAUUAAAUGACGUUGAAUUACGUAUUUAUGUACAUAAUGCAUAUGGUAAAGGUUUUAUGAAGAUUAAUUCAAUGUCACCGGAUGCAUAUAUACAAAUGGCUUUACAACUAGCUUAUUUUCGUGAUGCUGGUAAAUUUAAUUUAACUUAUGAAGCUUCUAUGACAAGACUAUUUCGAGAAGGAAGAACAGAAACAGUAAGACCAUGCACAAUUGAAUCUACAAAUUGGGUAAAAGCAAUGGAAAAUAAAGAUGCAACUAUUGAAAUUAAAUAUAAAUUAUUAAUGACAGCAGCAAAGCAACAUCAAAAAGGUUAUCAAGAUGCUAUGUGUGGUAAAGGAAUAGAUAGACAUCUAUUUUGUUUAUAUGUAGUAUCUAAAUAUUUAGAAGUGGACUCUCCCUUCUUGAAGGAAGUAUUAAGUGAACCAUGGAAGUUAUCUACUUCACAAACUCCACAUGGUCAAACUUCAUUAAUUAAUUUGAAAAAAUAUCCAAAUUGUAUCUCUGCAGGAGGUGGUUUUGGUCCUGUAGCUGAUGAUGGUUAUGGUGUUUCUUAUAUUAUUGCUGGAGAAAAUCUUAUAUUUUUCCAUAUUUCAUGUAAACGUAGUUCUCCACAAACAAAUGCUGCCAGAUUUGCAAAACAAAUAGAAAAAGCAUUAGCUGAUAUGAAGAUUUUGUUUCUUGAAAGAAAGAAAUUGCAAGAACAACAAAAAAAUGGUUCACUAUAAUUAUUUUAGAGCAAAAAAAAAAAAAAA